AUGGAAGCCAUGGUUCGGAUCCCAUUGAGUAGGAGGUACGUACCAGAUGUGUGGAUGUGGCUUCAUAAUAAAAAAGGAAAUUUCUCAGUGAGGUCGGGAUACCAUAUUGCUAGAAUGAUUGCUAAGGAGGAGUAUGGACUGAUGGAGAGUUUGAACAGAGGAGGUAAAGGUGAGGGGGAUGAAUCUGUGCUUCAUGUCAUGUGGUAUGGGCUGAGAAAUUCGAUUGUGUACGGAGGAUGUAUCCAGGAUCCGACUAGACUUGUACAGCAUGCAAAAGACUUUCUCCAGGAAUAUCGGGAUGCCCAGACUCAGCUUUCUGUUCAGACUUCAUCUGGUUCGAUGCAUCAUCAGGUGCGAUGGGUUCCUCCUUCAGGUUCAGUCUAUAAGCUUAACGUGGAUGCAACAGUGUUUAAAGGGAUGAAGGCUUCAGGCGUUGGUGCCGUGGUUCGAAAUGAGAAUGGUGAGGUUAUGGUGGCGAUGGCAGGGAAAGGCUCUCAGGUGCAGGACAGCGAGGAAGCUGAGGCGUUAGCUUGUAGACGAGCUGUGGAGUUUGCCUUAGAAGCUGGGUUUAGGGAGAUCAUUUUAGAGGGGGAUAAUUGUAAUGUCAUGAAGUCUAUUUUGGGUCCAAAGUCUGAUAGGGAUAGGUAUGUGUAUGAUGACAUUAACAGUAUGGGAAGGGAGUUCAGAGUUUUUUAUGUUUUAUGUGUCAAGAGGGGUGCCAAUUCGGUGGCACAUUCAUUGGAAAAAUUUGCUAGACAUAUAGAUGGGGAAAUAGUGUGGUUGGAAGAAAAUCCCCCACCUGUUGCUGAUGCCUUGUAUCUAGAUAAUUGCAAUAUUAUGAAUGAAUGA